UAUGUGUGCCGCACAAACGUGUGUGUGUCUGUACUGCUCUCAGUUCGAAACUAGGCGGUCCGACGAGCUCAAGCUAUUUAGUUCAUUACUGUCUGACACCGGCGCGAGUUUUUUUCGCCCGAGUAACCUAACCUUACUUUCGGAAAGCCCGCUCUUUUUGGUAGAAUUUCGAAAUUACGUAACUGUUUCGAAAUCGGGGUGGUAGUGUCAGGUGAUUCAUCAUUUUUGACUUUUUUUCAAAUUUUGGAUUCUUUGCAUCGAGUUAUGCGAAGAAGGUGACACUGGCAGGUCACAUAGGAGAAGUGCCCUACGAGACAGCUGUGGGAUGGUCAAAGAAUCACUAUCCAGCAGCCACGAGUCCUUGGUCUUCUCGAAUCAGGCAUUCUCAAUAUAGUGAUGAUGGAAUCAUGGAUCAGGACAUGAUAGACGGAGAUGGUGCUAUCAACUUAUCAACAUCACAGAGGCCGUCUGCUGCUACGUCGCCAAAUGACAGUGUGCAUCAAGAUGACGUAGAACAGCAGGCGGCAUCCUUAGAGAAAGUGUUAAAAAAAGAACAGCAACAACACCAACAAUUAGAAUUAGAAAGAAGUGGAUGGGACCAAGACAGAGGGGACAGAGAUAUCAAAGGCAAUGGCAGUGUCAGCCCUUCGAAUUCCGAGGCUCGCGUCCAAGAUGAUUCUCCCUUACCAGCACCGGACUCGCAGAAAAACCUUAGCGCCACCAUUCCACCCAUAUCUCAGACGGAAUCCAAACUCUGCAAUGAAUAUCCUCCUUAUAAUCAAACUCCAAGCUCAGGACCUGCAAUGAUGUCUUCGCCAGCUUCAAACUUGCAUCAUAUGCAGCAGCUGUUGCAGCAACAUGUUCUGAGUCCUACACAGCUACAAAGUCUUAUGAAGCAACAUUCGAUUCUUCAGCAGCAACAACAGCAACAUCAGCAUCAUCAAUUGGCAGAACUAGGUAAAAAACAAAUGGAACAGACUAUACAACAACUUCAAGAGCAGCUUCAACUGAAUCUCAUUCAACAGACACAUAUCCUACAGAAUCCUGAUAAGAAAAAGGCUUCAGGGUCUCUUCAGCAGUUAGGCCUUCAACAGCAGCAAAUUAUUCAACAACUACAAUUGGUUCAGCGGCAAUACGUUGUUCAUCAAGGUAUGGGUAUGCAACCUUUGAUGAUGGCGCAAGGACAAGGAAUGAACUCAAGAGAUGUAAUGAGUCCUUGGAAAGAUAUGAGCGAACAGCAUCAUGUAGUGAAUAGUAAACCUCCAUCUGAAAUAAAUGAUAACACUACGGGAUUAUUGAAUAUACAAAGUAGAAUAAGCCGAGAAGAUUCCAUAUCGGAAGAAAAAUACGUGAGGACAACGACUCCAGAUAGAGUACACCAUCACCUGUAUGGCCAUGGAGUUUGUAAAUGGCCGGGCUGUGAGACUAUAUGUGACGACAUUCAUGCAUUUAUCAAACACUUAAAUACGGAACAUACAUUGGAUGACCGGUCAACUGCACAGGCGCGAGUUCAAAUGCAAGUAGUGUCCCAAUUAGAGCUUCAAUUGCAAAAGGAGAGAGAUCGACUACAAGCUAUGAUGCACCAUUUGCACUUAUCGAAACAAUUGGGUUCCCCUGAUCCUCAUAAAGAUACAGGUAUUGUACCUGCCAAAAUACCCGUUAGUUCAGCAGUUCCUCCUCCUGUUAACAUGGGACCCAUGGUGUCGGCAGUACGAUCUCCAGUACUGCACACCUCUACUCCUAACGUAGCUGGCCCCAUUAGGAGAAGACUUAGCGACAAAUCAGCAUUAUCAUUAGCUGGUGAAAUUCAACGAAAUAGGGAAUUUUACAAAAAUGCUGAUGUGAGGCCACCUUUUACUUAUGCCUCUCUGAUCCGACAGUCCAUCAUAGAAUCACCAGAUAAACAGCUAACACUAAAUGAAAUUUACAAUUGGUUCCAAAACACAUUUUGCUAUUUUAGACGGAACGCUGCUACAUGGAAGAAUGCGAUUCGCACCAAUCUGUCCCUCCACAAGUGUUUUGUGCGCUACGAAGACGACUUUGGCUCAUUCUGGAUGGUAGAUGAUGCCGAAUUCGUGAAGCGUCGCCACCUGUCACGUGGCCGACCUCGGAAAUAUGACCCAACCCCGUCACCCACUCCACCCCACUGCGCACAGGGUGCUUCAUCCAAAAGUCCCACCAUGAAUCACAGCCCGACAUUAUAUGCAGAUCAUAUGUCAGCUAAUCAGUUUAUACAGGCCACGUUGCUGGAAGACAACAGUUUGUCCUUUUUGACCAACACUCCUAUGAUGACUGGACGACCUAGAGAUAGAUCAGAAUCACCUCCACAUGAUCACCACAUGAGGUCUGCAAUGAAUGGAGGGUUACAUAUAAAGCAAGAGUUGGUUAAUCAGGACCACCAGAUUGUGCGAGAACCAGAGUCAAUGCAUCACAUGAUCAAGAGAGAGAUGCAUACUGAUGCUUAUGACGAUAUGGAUCAAGAACAGCAAUCAGAUAAUAUGGCAGAAGAUCUGACAAUAUCUUCGGAUCAUGCUGAUCAAUCAAAUGCAAUGGACGCAUAGUAAAUAUCGGUUUUGAGUGAUAGACACUUAAUAAAAAGGAUCUCGAAUUUCACAGACUUUAAAAUGCCGAUUUUAGGAUAGGUAGUUGAUUUAUUGGUAAUCUUCUCCCGGAUAAAAAUGAUUUUUGUACAUUUCUGUGUAAAUAUAAAGUGUUAUAGCGAGAAAGUACUGUUACUUGUUUAGGUACGAAAUCAGAUACUGACUAGGCAGGUUGAUAUACCACUUAAGUUUUUAUAUACAGGGUUAUUUGUUAUUAUUGUGGUGAACUGCAUUCAUUUUCUACUAUAUAGAGGAACUUCAAUUAAACUUGCGCUGUAAAGUGUGAAUAAAAAUUUUGUCCUAAUAAGCUAAAUGAAAACCUGGUGUGAAGUUGUAUAAUAAUUUGCAAUAUUUUGGAUGUUCAAAAAUCAUGUGGAUGAACCAGUUUUAGGGCAAACUCAUUUCAGUUCAAUAAUGAAAUGAGACAAAAAAUUGAGAAUUAUGAAAAUAUAUUUGCUAUGCAGGUAUUCCAGCUUGUAAGCAAUCUUAUAAGUUGUCGCUUUGUGUUGAUUACUAUGAACAAACAAUGUUCGAUUUGAACAAAAAUCAUUACACAUUCUUACCGGGUGUAUAGCGCUUUCGGGUAAACCGGAAGUAGACAGCAAUUUCGUUAUUUUAAAUUGAGCAAUCUGUCUAUUCGUGUAUGUGCAAGCACCUGACCAAAUUUUAGGGAAUCUUUUCCGAUAAGACGCAUUUUUUAUAGUGAUAAAUUAGAUGAAAUAUAUUUGAAAACUGAUAAAAAAAAUUUGCACUUAUUACUAUACUUGCACAGUAAAGCAAAUUAAUCAAAAACUAGGUCAUUAUCAUCAACAUCAAAGUCCCCAUAUUUUAUCGAUAAUCGAUUUUUGAUCUUCAGCUGCAUGACGAAUCCAUUUUCUCUCUCAAUCCAUCUUUAUUUUCAAUAGUUGGUUCCAAAAAUGUACAUUUGAGAGAAAUACUUUUAUCUUGCUCUGAAUGUCUAUUUCGUUGGUUGGUUGCUGAUCUAUUUCCUGUUAAUUUUUAAAUCCUUGCAGACUUUCCUUAUUUACCCACUGACUAUUACAUUUCCUCGCGAAAUAGAUCUAUUUUCUGCUGUGAAAGUUCCUUCCCAUUUUGAGUUCUAUAUUUUUUUUUAUUAUUUGAUGUUAGAAUAUUCGACAAGAGUAAUACAAAUUGGUCUAUUCUACAUUUCUUGCAUUAAUUGAACGUUAGCGAGCCAAAAAUCCAGGCCAACCGGAAUAUAACGCAUCCCAUUCUAUGAUCAGCUUGAAAUUUUCAAACCUUAUCAAGAUCUGCAGUAGACUAAACAUGACGCUUGUUUUAUUUACAUUUUUUUCAGAGAGCCGUUGACUAAUGAGAAGUGUUUCGGGAGAAAUUAAGAAUUUUUCUAUAAGUUUUUUUUAUUAGGCUCACCAAACUCUUAACCAGUUGCCACUUUGUAGUUAUUGAAUACCUGCAUAGUAUAUAAGUUUUAAAACUAUCGUCCAUACAUAAUAGAACAACCUACAAAAUUGUAUGCUUUUAAUUUGUAUUUCUGCUUGAAAACAACACUAUAUACAUCUAAAUUUGAAUAAUCGAAAAUAUUCACAAAACUUUUAACAAUAUUUACAUUGUUUUACAUCGUAUUUUAUUUGGAGUUGAGAAGUAGAGAUGCUGAGUUUUUAUAUACAGGGUUAUUCGUUAACAAUAUAAUGUAUUCUACAUUUUUGGCUCAGCCAAAAGCUCUGAAACAGUGUGGCACUGUUAGUACCGAAUAAAAAGAUUCCUUUUAGCAUAUCAGUUUUGCUAUGUGGCGCCUCAAACAUAUACAACGGUGUGAGAAAAUCUCGUAAGCCAAAUAAUGUUUCUGUUUAACUAUCGUUGCGCUCAUAUAGUGAUGUAAAAUAAGCAAUAUUGUAAAUUAUUAUCGUUAAGCCGAUGUGCUAUAUAUUUAUCUUUACAAAAGGAAAAAUAUUCCAUAUCAUUAUCUAAAGUAAAAAACGUAUAUCAGUGUAUAAAAGAGUAGAUAAAUCAGUUUGACUUUAGGUCUCUUCCAUUGUGAUCAUCUUCUGUCACACCUAAUUCAAUUUGGAGUAUUUUUUAAGCUUUUGCGGGGUCCUACUCAAAUAAUUUAUUUCUGUCCAACACUGUUUAUAGUCUAGCGAUCAAAUUUUUCCUUUUCCUCAACGUAAUUACAAUUCGCCUCGGGGGUGAUUUACUUAAUUGUCGGUAUGUACUGUCUUUUUGAUUGAAAAAAUGUUACUACUUUUCUUUUUGUUUUUGACCUAUCUAAACUUGGGCCCUACUUAUUGCCAAAUACAUUUACUAUACGAGGUGUUUUUAGAACUCUCGUACUUUAAUUCUUCCAGAUAAUGACUUUUAGGCACACCUCGUAUAAUUGUGAUAGACCUAUUAGCUCAGUGCUUCUGGAAUUAUCACUUUUUAAAGUAUUUAUUUUAUUGUACAUUUUUAUUAUUAUACUCGAACUAAAAAUCGAUCAACAAAAAUUUUAUGAAUUUGUAUAAUUGCAGUGGCUACUAUUAAAACGUCAACAUAUCAUUGUAGAAAUAACCGAUAGCAUGUUUCUACAACAAGCUAUAUUAAAUGUAUAUUACGAUAUAAUGAUCGAUUUUUAUUUCUUUAUUUUUGUUAUUAGGUAUUCAAUAUAAGUCUAAUUUGUUCAAAAAGUUAAUAUUUGGAGAAGAUAACUUAUUUAUUAUUGUUAAGCUUUGUUCAUGGGAGAACUCUGAAUAAUAACUCUUUGAAGACAUAUUAAUGUUUACAAUGUAUAAUGUUUUAUAUCAUUUGAGCUAUGGUUUCAUAAUAUGUAUUAAUUUUAAAACAGUUAUUAUUCGUUUCAUCCGUCCUCCGCUUUUUAGCACAAUAUUAAUUUUAAACAAUUUAUGCGUAACACUAAGUUGGUCAUAGAUCAUCUUUUAUAAAUAUAUUUGUUUGUAAAUACAAUAUAAAAUUUUUUAUAUCUUUUGAGAACGAGUUACUCCUACUUUUACGUAUACAUGGUAUUUCCAAAAAGUUGUAACUUAUUGAUGUAAAAGCAAAUAAAUUAAAGAAAAGAAAACC